AUGUACUCGAAAUCAUUAAAACUCACCGACCCAGAUUAUUUUCGGCGCUCAAUUAAAAUCGAAUUCAAAAAUAACCAAAACUUAACUGAUCUGGAGAAAAUUAGCUUCGCGUAUCAGAAAGGUCAGGCCUUGCUGCAGAGAGGGUCAGUUGUGUGACAUGUUCUUGCUCACUUCAAAAUAUUUUAGAAAUUUCAGUCCACGCUUAGCAGCUGCCUUUAAACAUACAAUAGAUUAUUCCAAAGUACCAAAGAUCAAUGAGUGUGAAUUAUCUGAAAAAUUUGUUAGAGGAAGUGGCCCAGGAGGGUCAGCUGUAAACAAGAAUUCUAAUUGUGUGGUUCUUACACACAUCCCCACAGGUACCGUCAUAAAAUGUCACACAAGUCGUUGUCAAGACGAUAAUCGGAAGAAAGCCCGGGAAUUGUUAAUUGAAAAACUGGAUGAUAUGAUCAAUGGCCCUGAAAGUGUAUCGGCGCAGAGGAAACUUAUCGAAGAAAAAAAGUAUAAACGGAAUGCAACAAAAAAACAGAAAAUAUCCAAAUUAAAAGAUGAAUGGAAGAAACGGGAAGGCAUAAUAUAAUCUUCUCUUUAUGUGUUGAUGAUUUUUUUUCCAUAUCUAAAAAUAUAAAUAGUUUCAAACACGCCAUGUUCUGGUCUUACUUACGUAGUUAAUAUUACAGUUUUAAGCUGAAAAAGAGAAAAUACAAGAACAAAAUAGGUCAAUGAUGUGAUGGAUUCAUGCCAGGCAAAUACCUAACUCCUAGUUCUAACAGUCCAUUGUGGCAAAAAUUCAAUUACAGAUUAACGUUAGAUUCACUAUAUGGUAUAGUAGUCUAUGCGCCAUAUUUAGCAAAUGUUUUAAUAAAACUUGUUCACGU